UACCUUGACUGAGAGCAGCAGUGCAGACAGUGCUUUGGCUGUGUAUAAUGAACUGCAAACGAAGUACCCCUCAUUUAAUGUGGACUCUUAUAAGGUUAUUGAUCUGUGCACACUCUUGGUGAAAAAGAAGAGAACUGAAGGUUGGUGAUUUAUCAUGUGUAGUUAAGAUGGCGAUUAGUUGAUAUUACAGAAGGUUGGUGAUUUAUCAUGUGUAGUUAAGAUGGCGAUUAGUUGAUAUUACUGAUAUUGGUGAUUCAUAAAUUUAGAUCUCGUUCAUAGUUAAGAUUAUUUGAAUAGAGUGAGAAGCAAAGUUUGCCAGCUCUAGUUGCCAUUCACUAAUCUACCAAGCUUGGGAUCCAGUAGUAGAUCUUCCUUGCAAUUGAGGUGCAGGGUAAAGAUGGCAUUAUAAUGUCUAUGUACCAUUAUACUAUUCAUACCACUAUAUUUUCUGGAGGUAUAAAUCUAACUCCGUCUUUGUAAAAGUAUUGAUAGUCAGCUUUUUAAUGUCUUGCUGUUACUCAUAUUAGUUGCUAGUCACUGAGUAGGCAUAUUUAGAGGUAGAAUGUAAAUAAAGCCCAAUAAUAUAGGAGUCAAGAAGCAAAAGUAGCAAAAUCUUGACUGCCAGAUUCAAAUUUUUGUCCCAAACCAUCAAAGCCGCUGGACCACUGAAUGCUAGAUUAGUGAGAUUCAUCAGUGCCAUAAACUUUUAUUAGCUUCAUACUUGUUCUUGUAGGUAUUACUGUAAAAGGUAUACAUGUUAUAUAUAGAUUUUUUUUUCAUUAUAUCAGAGACUCCUAAUAUAACCCACCAUUGAUUUCAGAUGCAGUUAAUAUCCUGAAAAGAUAUUUAGAAGAGUAUUCCAAACCGCAUGCUAAAAAAGCUAUUAAAAGAAAUUGCUGGAAUCUUUUGAUGGCAGCAGCAGAAAAUCAGGAUCAUACAAAUACAAAAAAAAUAUUUGACCUCCUUCAGACAAAUCAUGUAAUUAAUGUAGAUGCAGUCAUAGCAGGACCAUUGAUAAAAGCAAGACUUCGUAGUGGUGAUCUAGCAGGGGCAGUGAAAGAGGCUGAAUAUCUGUGGAAAGAGUACAAGUGUUUACCAAUGAGGAUUGAAAUUCUCGUCCAGCUGACUCUUCAAUCAAAGCAAGGUGGUACGAGAUCAAAGGAGAAUGACAAUCUUAUGCAGUCCAUGUUGGAUAUGAUUGUCACGUCAAAGGGCUCUCUUCAAGCUCACCACGACUUGCUGUUUGCUUGCCUGGAAGCGGGACAACCAUCAGAUGCUAAGAAAGUGCUACAGAACAUGGGCAGAAAUGUGAACAUGCAGUUGGUGGAGCGCCAGUGCGACCGAUAUGCCAAGACUGAAAAGGAUGAACCGCUUCUGCACUUCCUCACUGCCUGUCGAGGAACUAAUACCGUCGACCAGUACAAAAUCUACAAAGCUCUCCUCAAUCUGUACUAUAAACAGAGCGCAGGUGAAAAGGGCCUCUUCCUCUGGACCAUGAUGCAAGAAGAUGAAGUGACACCCACCCCCCCUUUCCUCUCUACUCUGGCCUCGCUUCUGGCUGCCAGUAAUAUCAAGAUUCCUUUCACCGUUCAAUAAGGAUUUUUACUUUGCGCGUUAUCAUUAUGAUUUUUAUUAUUGUUAUUGGUAUUAUUAUUAUGAAUAUUAUUAUUGUUAUUAUUUAUAUCUUUAUUAUUCUUAUUCUUAUUGUUAUUGUUGUUGUUUUUGUUGUUGUUGCUGUCAUUAUUAUUAUUAUUUAUUAAUGUUAUUAUUAUUAUUUUUUUAUUAAUAUUAUUAUUUUUAUUAUUAUUAUUAUUAUUACUUUUAUUGUUAUUAAUUUUUUAUUAUUAUCAUUAUUUCAUGUAUUACAAUAAUAUUUUCAUGUUUCAUAGCAUGACUUUUUUUACUUAUAUAAAUUUUCAUUGUUUAUUGAGUUUUAUGCACAAUAUAAUGAGAGAGGUCUCUUCAGUGACUGUUUAUGUAAAUAUAUGCAAUAGAUGUUUAUAAUGAAAGUUGUUGUUAAUAAAUUUGUGUCUGUACAUUGUAUAUACAGAUGUUUUCUAAAA